UGGGAGGUCCUUGGGGCCGCUGAGGUCGUCAGCGACUGUUGAAAGGCUUGUGGAAGUCGUGCAUCCUUGGGUGGGGGUAAAAUCAUUCUUGAAAGGAACGUCUCUGUCCGAAGAGAAAAUGAGUUUAGCUCUGAGAAGCGAGCUUGUAGUAGACAAAACAAAGAGAAAAAAAAGAAGAGAACUCUCCGAGGAACAGAAACAGGAAAUUAAAGAUGCUUUUGAACUGUUUGAUACAGACAAAGAUGAAGCAAUAGACUAUCACGAAUUAAAGGUGGCAAUGAGAGCCUUGGGAUUUGAUGUAAAAAAAGCUGAUGUACUGAAGAUUCUUAAAGAUUAUGACAGAGAAGCCACAGGGAAAAUCACCUUUGAAGAUUUUAAUGAAGUUGUGACAGACUGGAUAUUGGAAAGAGAUCCACAUGAAGAGAUACUGAAAGCAUUUAAACUAUUUGAUGAUGAUGAUUCAGGUAAAAUAAGCUUGAGGAAUUUACGACGUGUUGCCAGAGAAUUGGGUGAAAAUAUGAGUGAUGAAGAACUUCGGGCUAUGAUAGAAGAAUUUGAUAAAGAUGGUGAUGGAGAGAUAAAUCAAGAGGAGUUCAUUGCUAUUAUGACUGGUGACAUUUAAAGAAUUACAAGGAUAAACACUAAGAAUGUUGCAGUUACCAUCUUAUAUUCUAUUUUUGUGCCUGGAGCCAUGUUAAAAAAGAAACCAACUUAGUUCUUCUUUCCAAAAGGACCAAAAAUAUGCAUUUUAUGUAUUUGUAUUUUACUGCUGUUAAGUUUCUUUGUAUGAACAGUAUUGUUGGUACUCAAAUAGUUUAGCUUUGUAUUUAUAGUAUAGCUUUUAUAUAAAGUUGUAAAAAAUCAAAUCAUCUGGUAUACAUUCUUUGAAGUUUUUAAUUUAACAUUAGUAUUUUAUUUUGGUGAGCACGUUUUUUAGACUUUCAUUAAUAAAAUUUUUAUUUUAUUAGUAUUUUAAAGUUUGGUGAAUUUCCUAUUUUAUUUUGCUACCCAAUAUCUGUUAACUCUCAAUAGUGUAUUUCUUAAAUUUUUUCUCUUUACACUUUUACCAGUUUCUGAUGCAAAAAUUGAAAUACAAAUAGCAAUAAAGUAGCAUAUUUUUCCAUUACCUAAGAUUUCAUCAUGUUUGACAAGAUGACUCAAUGUAAGCCUAAUUCCUUUUUUAAGAGUCACAUCUUUCAGUUUGGAGGGAAUAAGUGUUGUGCAUAUCGACCCAUUUAUCCUCGUGUAUUAUGUUCUAUAACUCUUUUGGUACCUUACAUAAGUUUGACAGUUAAAUCUGAAUAUUUCCCUCUUAAACUAAUUGAAUGAAUGUAGUUUAAAUCAUCUAA